AUGUCAAUCGCGGCUCAACAUCAAGUUUGUGCCUGGGUGGAAAAGCCAGGACCAGAUGCGGAGAUCGAGCUCCGGGAUAUCGCAGUUCCUUCACCCGGUCCAGGGGAUGUUCUUGUUAAGCUAGCGGUGACCGGAGUAUGUCACUCAGAUCAUCAUUCCAUCUAUGGCAAUACACCAAUGAGUACUCAUAUUGCCGGCCAUGAGGGUCUGGACCACAGGUUUCUGAAACGCUCAUCAACACCCGGGUGGGCAUAUCAAUGUGCCUGGAACUUUUCAACGUGCGUAAAUUAUGUCCACAGGUUCAACUAUCAAACGAAAAUUGACCCCUUGCUAGAAUAUUGCGUGGCUAAAGCAGCAUAUGUUGUUUCUAUCCCAGAUGAGAUUCCUGCUGAGAUUGCAGCGCCCCUGCUUUGUAGCGGUAUCACUGCCUAUGGGGCACUGAUCAGGGCCAAGCUGAAUGUUGGAGACUACGUGGUCUUCACCGGUGCUGGCGGUGGCCUCGGUCACCUUGGUGUGCAGAUUGCGCGAAGUUUAGGCUAUCGAGUCAUAGCCAUCGACGCAGGGGACAAGGCGGCCGUCUGCAUGUCACUCGGAGCAGAGCACUUUUUCGACUUCCGUAAGAGCACCAGUCUUAUUGAAGACGUCCUCUCGGUCACUGGAGGGCUCGGCGCACAUGCCGUUGUCUGCAUUACUGGUGCGAUAAGCUCAUAUGAUGAGUCUCUUCCAAUGCUCCGAAACUGUGGCAAACUCAUAUGCGUCGGCAUUCCCCCCUCUUCUUACCGACUUCAGGUGAACCCUUUCGAAAUGCUGGUACGUGGGCUGACGAUUAUUGGCUCAACCGUGGGAGACAAAAGCCAAAUGCCAGGACUAAUGGAACUAGUAUUGCAAGGAAAGGUCAAGCCCGAGGUACAAUUAUUUGACUUUGAUAAGCUACAAACUGUGAUGGAGAAGCUCAUAGCCGGUCAGAUUAUUGGUAGAGCUGUACUUCGUAUGCCCCAAUAG